CAACAAAUUAUUUGUCACGAUCUCAUCAUGGCGAACACAAAGAACAAGUAUUCCGUUCUCCUACCCACCUACAAUGAGCGUCGCAACCUGCCGAUCAUCAUCUGGCUCUUACAGCGGAUGUUCACCGAGCAAAAACUCGACUGGGAAGUCCUCAUCGUAGACGACGGCUCCCCCGACGGAACCCAAGACGUCGCAAAGCAACUCAUCAAAGCCUACGGCGCCAACCACAUCAAACUGCACACGCGCACGGGCAAGCUCGGCCUCGGCACGGCGUACGUCCACGGCCUGCAGUUCGCGACCGGCAACUUCGUCAUCAUCAUGGACGCCGACUUCUCGCACCACCCGAAAUUCCUGCCCAUCAUGAUCGCCAAGCAAAAGGAGGCCAACUACGACAUCGUCACGGGCACGCGGUAUGCCGGGGACGGGGGCGUGUUCGGAUGGGAUCUGAAGCGGAAAUUGGUCAGUCGCGGGGCCAACUUGGUCGCGGACACCAUCCUCCAGCCGGGCGUGAGCGAUUUGACGGGCAGUUUCCGCUUGUACAAGAAGUCGGUGCUGCAGCAGGUCAUCGAGAAGACGGAGAGCAAGGGAUAUUCCUUCCAGAUGGAGAUGAUGGUCCGGGCGAAGGCCAUGGGUUUCAAGGUGGCGGAGGUACCCAUCAGCUUCGUCGAUCGGGUGUACGGUGAGAGCAAAUUGGGCGGCGAGGAGAUCGUGGAGUACCUCAAGGGUGUUGGACGUCUGUGGCUUAAAGUCUAGAUAGUCAAUGUUGAGCAACGAUGAAUCGCGGAUCUGUCCGGCGUCUCAAGAGGUCUCUAGAUGCAAUGUUCUGGCUGUGUCCACUGGGAGAUCAGGGGUUCGCGAGCUACAUCCGCCUGCUCAGCGCGCCUGCUCAGCGCACUUGGAUGGACCGUUAGAUCAUGCGAUGGACGUAAACCCAGUUCCUCUGCAGGGGCGUGGAGAGUUCUCAAAUCUCAGAAAGCAGAGAUGCCCGCCGUGGUGUGAAAUUCCGCGCACGAGCUGGGCAAAUAAUGGUCACUCGCGGAAAUAGACCAAGACAGAGUCGCGGACAAGACAAGAUGGAGAUAUAAUUUUCAGGGCCCAUCAAAAAGACUUGAAUUUCCUUGUCCAAGUGAAUGCUGAUUCCCGAAGUUAACUAAAUACCGAGCGCCAUUCCAACGCACGACACAAUGAUGUGAGUGAGAGAAGAUCUUUGCGAGCGAGGGAGAAAAAAAUGCCGCUUCUCAUC